UGACAGAGUGAAGACACUUCCACGUGGACACCUGACCAUGUGCCUGCCCUGAGCAUCGAGGCCCACCAGGCAUCUCUGUUGUGGGCAGCAGGGCUCAGCACUUGUCUGAGGACCCCCUGUAGUUGGCAGGCUCCCCCGGCAGUGGGGUCUGGGCCUCGGCCCCACCAUGUCGAGCCUCAGCAGUGGCUCCCAGGACACCGGCGGCAGUAGCAGUAGCAACAACACCAAUGGCAGCAGCGGCAGUGGCCCAAAGGCAGGAGUGGCCGACAAGAGUGCAGCGGUGGCCACUGCUGCACCGUCCUCAGUGGCGGAUGAUGCACCACCCCCGGAACGUCGGAACAAAAGCGGCAUCAUCAGUGAACCCCUCAACAAGAGCCUGCGCCGCUCCCGCCCUCUCUCCCACUAUUCUUCCUUUGGGGGCAGCGGGGGCAGUGGCGGUGGCAGCAUGAUGAGCGGGGAGUCUGCUGAAAAGGCUGCUGCGGCUGCAGCCGCUGCCUCCCUGUUAGCCAACGGGCACGACCUGGCCGCAGCCAUGGCUGUGGACAAAAGCAACCCUACCUCAAAGCACAAAAGUGGUGCUGUGGCCAGCCUGCUGAGCAAGGCCGAGCGGGCCACGGAGCUGGCAGCUGAAGGACAGCUGACUCUGCAGCAGUUUGCGCAGUCCACGGAGAUGCUGAAGCGCGUGGUGCAGGAGCACCUACCGCUGAUGAGCGAGGCGAGCGCGGGCCUCCCUGACAUGGAGGCCGUGGCAGGUGCUGAAGCCCUCAAUGGCCAGUCCGACUUCCCCUACCUGGGCGCCUUCCCCAUCAAUCCAGGCCUCUUCAUCAUGACCCCAGCAGGCGUGUUCCUGGCUGAGAGCGCGCUGCACAUGGCGGGCCUGGCCGAGUACCCCAUGCAGGGCGAGCUGGCCUCCGCCAUCAGCUCAGGCAAGAAGAAGCGGAAACGCUGUGGCAUGUGCCCGCCCUGCCGGCGGCGCAUCAACUGUGAGCAGUGCAGCAGUUGUAGGAACCGAAAGACUGGCCAUCAGAUUUGCAAAUUCAGAAAAUGUGAGGAACUCAAAAAGAAGCCUUCCGCUGCUCUGGAGAAGGUGAUGCUUCCGACGGGAGCUGCCUUCCGGUGGUUUCAGUGACGGCGGCGGGAACCCAAAGCUGCCCUCUCCGUGCAAUGUCACUGCUCGUGUGGUCUCCGGCAAGGGAUUCGGGCGAAGACAAACGGAUGCACCCAUCUUUAGAACCAAAAAUAUUCUCUCACAGAUUUCAUUCCUGUUUUUAUAUAUAUAUUUUUUGUUGUCGUUUUAACAUCUCCACGUCCCUAGUAUAAAAAGAAAAGAAAAAAAUUUUAACUGCUUUUUCGGAAGAACAACAAAAAAAGAGGUAAAGACGAAUCUAUAAAGUACCGAGACUUCCUGGGCAAAGAAUGGACAAUCAGUUUCCUUCCUGUGUCGAUGUCGAUGUUGUCUGUGCAGGAGAUGCAGUUUUGUGUAGAGAAUGUAAAUUUCUGUAACCUUUUGAAAUCUAGUUACUAAUAAGCACUACUGUAAUUUAGCACAGUUUAACUCCACCCUCAUUUAAACUUCCUUUGAUUCUUUCUGACCAUGAAAUAGUGCAUAGUUUGCCUGGAGAACCCACUCACGUUUAUAAAGAGAAUGUUGAUGGCGCCGUGUUGAAGCCCCUCUGUGUCCAUCCAUGUGGGCAGAGCUGCCUUGAGGCGCUCACAGAGGGGGAGGGAGCAGACUCCCCCAGGCCCAGGCCCACAGUCCCCACAAUGGGAUCCCCUACCCCAACAAUGAUUUUGCAAAAAUGAAAGUUCUGUUUAUUCGUUGAGACCUGGGGAGCCCAUGUUUCGAUAGUUCUGAUCAUGAUCAUGGCUACUUCCCUUAGAGAAAAUAAGUCCUUUUUUCCCCCGGCCUGGCUGAUGGCGGCAGAAGAAAGGGCUUCUUUGCGUGGUCCCCUGCCAGUGGGGGUGGGUGCACAGGGGGUCCCCCUCGGCCUGGGCCCCCGUGCCCAUGGCCAGCUUCCUGCUGAUGAACAUGCUGUUUGUAUUGUUUUAGGAAACCAGGCUGUUUUGUGAAUAAAACGAAUGCAUGUUUGUGUCACGAAGCA